AUGCAGAAGUCUGGAUGGCAAAUACAAGCUUUCUACCUGUGGGAUGCCCUUAUCUGCAAUCUACGUAGGGUUGCAGAUGUUGGAUUCCACUCAACUCCAGAGCUAAAUGCUUCUUGA